GAAGAGGAUCCUCAAGACCUGUCAGUACUGUAUUCUUAGGAAGUUGAGGAGUAAAGACAGACCCCUACCCGGUCUCCUACACAACCAUUCAUCACGAUGGCGUUACGUUUUGUACUUGUUUCUCUGGCACUCCUGACAAUAUCAGGAAUCGACGCCCAAGUAACUGAAGAACCAGAAUUGGACACUGAAGGAAUCGUCCUGACAUGCACGGACACGCAGAUGAUUGUUGAGAUCCCAAAGUCACUCCUUACAGGUGAGAUGGCUGGGCCAAACGUCCGAUUCGAGAACGAAGACGACGCUGAUAACUCGUACUGCUGGGGAGUAGACACAUCCAACGACGAAAGUGUCGAGAUCAUCCAACUCACCACCAACCUUACCGAAUGCGGAACGAACAGGACGGAAAGCGAUGACCAGGAGACAUACACCAACCGUGUUAUCAGUCGUUACCUGGACAGUGAUGUCAUCAGUCGUCAGUUCGCCAUCGAGAUUCCUCUCUCAUGCUCGUACAACAGAAGUAAGCAGAUGGGACCUGUCAGGUACGAGCUCACCGACUACACCAUCGACAAGACCCUCGUCGAAGAGGGUGCCUACACCUUCUCCUUCGAUAUCUACGAAGAUGGAACCUACGAACAGGUCGUCGAGACUUACCCCAUCAGCAUCGGCCUCAAUGAAGAGCUUUACUUCGCAGCAUCCGUACUCUCUCUAGACGGCACCCUUGACCUUUCGAUCCGCUCCUGCAGAGCCACACCGGAUUCGAAUUACGAUUCUGAUACUCGAUUCGAAUUCAUCGACAAUGCGUGCUCAACUGACGGCCUUGACACUAACAUCACCUACCUAGAAGAUUACCGUGUCGGAGUAGAGAUGAAUACUUUCAGGUUUAUCGAUGAGGGCGACAUGGUUUACAUCCAUUGCAACCUCCUCGUAUGCGAUGCUGGUGAUGCAGACUCUCUUUGUGAGCAAGGAUGUGCGAGUUCUUCAUCAAUGAUCUCGGGCCGAAAGAGGCGUGACGUCAGCAGCGGACUGAAGACCAAGCGAUUCACGCGAGGACCUCUCCGCGUCCGACGCGCUGCGCAGAAACAGGAUAGCAUCUCACGUAUGGACAUCAGCGAGAGCGGUUCCUCAACGCAACAACAGAUGACCAAUGCUUUCAACCCAUGGAUGGUUGCCAUGGCUGCUAUGGCAACCGUUGUCAUGGCAAUGGCCGCCAUGAUGGUUGUGGUCCUCCGGAAAGUCAGCAACAUCUCCGCCUCACCGAAGCGGGGUCAGUACAAGGAGGAGUCCGCUUGUCUUCUCGAUGAGAGUGAAGAAAUCUAAAGGAAGCCUUCCAAGAUACUAGCACAAUCCUCCCUCUCAUUUGAUUUAGUCCAUUCCAACACAGAAAUCGUAAAAUUUUCAAGGUGUAUAAAAUAAUAAUUGUUGUAUGAAAUGUCUGGUGAACCAGUCACGAAGGCAUCAACAUAGAUUUGUUUUUGUACAAACUGAAAACAAAACGUUUUACUUGGAUAUGAUGUAUAUAGUACGUAUUCAACCUUUAAAAGAAACCACUCUUCCAGGUUGGAUCUUUAAUAUAAUUGCAGCUUAUGGGUCGCUAAUGUCUGCUUUGACUAAUUGGAAGUAGAUCAAUCAUGCAACUGAGCAAGUUAUGCUUCUCUUCUUAACAAAGAUUGAUAAACCAAUUAAUAUCGAAAUCAUAAAUCAUACAUUUUAUAAGAUAUUACUAUUAAGAUGCAAAGAAGAAAAAUCCGGAAAUUUUCAAGAAUAAAAAAAAGGUUUGUUACUAGUGGUCUAUGAAUAAAAAUAAUGAAAGAAAUUGCAUAGAAAUAAGAAAUAAUUUUCGUGAAAAAAUGAUAUCUAUCUGUAUCAUUAUAGUUGAAUGGUAUGAAGUCUUAUUUAUCAAGAACAUAUUUGUAGAUACACAUUUACUUAAAGUCUUUGUAAUGAAAACGUUUUGAAAUAAAUGUCUUUCAGGCAUAUAUCGACUAGACAUUCUUUUA